GUAUAUCUCGAUAGAGUUACUCAAAGAGUGGAAACAUUUUCCAGACACAACAUUAUCGAGUCUCAGCAGUUGACGAAACAAGUACUUACACGAUCGCGGUUAAGAUGGUGUACGAACUGCUCAAUACGUGAAUAUUGUGGUUGCCAUGCGGGCCAUAUGGCCAUAAUCCGUACCAUGUUGUAGGCCAACUAUAAUGCACCGUCGUCGUACACUUUAAUGGAACUGCGGUUCUAAGUGGAAGCCCAGCCGCACGGUAAUGCGGCUGAUCGCGGGUAAUACAUUAUCCUCUCUGUUGAAUUUGGAUACGGCAAAAUUAGCUGAACGCAAGAAACUCGAUGAGGAGACCCGCUUACGCCGCUUAGCCCAGAACGCCAGCGUCCGCCGCAUCUACCAGGGCACCACCACCCCCGCCGCCCCGCCCCCGCCCACCUCCAGUCGCUUCAGUCUCCCCGCGCCCACCCUGCACAAAACCUUCCCCGGCCGCCAUGAACACGACCGCGUCCGCCUCCUGGAACACAAGUUCACCAGUCUGGAGAACCUGGUGGAAACCCUCCGCGGGGAGCUCCAGGAACGCAGCGUCCAGUAUGAGAAAUCCCAACGGGAGUCCGCCCACAUCUCCUCCAAGAUCAACAGUCUCCACGAACUGGUGGACGACCUGAUGCGCUCCAUGGUGGUCCGCCCUUCCCAGACGGGCAUCGUCACCCGCGCUGAUUGCUGCUCGUUGUGCGGGCAUCACGCGCAACACUACCCCACCGAGUGUCGGACAGCGGAGGGUCCCCAAGGUUCCGGGGACUCGGUGCUGCUGACCGACACCACCACCGCGUCCUGCGAUCAGGAGUCCGCGAAAACCGGGCAUCUGUAUCCGUCGCGCUUUGCCGCGCCCCCUUUGAUAACGGUGAUUGUGGAUUCCGUGUCGUUCCGCGCCAAUUGUGACAUUUUUCUGGGUGCGUGCGGGAAGCGUGACCAUGUGGCGCUGAUUAUUCGGACGACCUUUCUGGGACUGGAGCCGGAUGCCAACGAUAUGGAAUGCCAGCCGGGGAUCGUGUUUAACACGCCGCGUCGACCUGAUGAGAUUGUUUCCAUCGACAGCUUCGCUGAUUUUACAUUUUCUUCCAAAAAAGAACUCGACACACGAUUAAGGCGCGCCCGAGCGGAGGGAAAAGAACCGAUGGUGACCUUUCGUAUUGACACGUAUAAGACCGACAAAAACCAGCUGGACCACAGGAUAGGCGUGGCUAAGUUGGCUAUUCUGCGAUCGUUGAAAAGUCAUCAUGAUCCCGAGAAAGUGAUUAUCAAAAUACAUCAUUGUAAAAGUGGACUGGUGAUUGGUGGACUGAUGGUGUCGGCGCGUGCGUACGACACGCUGAGAAGUAUGGAUUGUGGUUGAUGAUUGCGGCGGCGGUUUUUUAUACUCUUUUUUUUAUAAUUUGAUUGUCUUGUUUGGCACCUGGGCGAAGAUUUCCGAGAGUUCUCCGUUUUGCCGGCAUGGGUGAAUGGCAGUUAUUUCCAGGCUUAAUUGCUACUCUAGUCAUAAUCUCGGUUAAUUUUGUUUGAUUCUUUUAUUGUGAUUAGUGUUUCGCCAGAUGUUCCCACUGUACAGAAGCUUCAAUGAAAAAAUGCAGUUUUUAAA